AUGGCGGCCCCCGCUUUGUCUACCGGCGGGUUGAUCGACCCGACCAAACAGGCUGAGUAUCCCAUCGUGCUGGGUGAUCGACUCAAUGGUAAAUCCAGCUCGCCACAGUCGCAGCUGGUCAAUAUCCAAUAUAACUAUAAGACCAAGUCAGCGACCGCACGGCAACGCAUCACCCGAGCCCGACAGUCCCGCGAUCGCUACAACCUCACAAUCACCGAUAAAGCACCCAACGCCGAUAAUGUCCUGACCUAUUCAUACCAAGGCAGUGUUGACCCAACACAAGCUGUCUCGGAUGCUGGGGAACAUAAUUUGGUGCUAGUCUUUGACGCGGCGCGGAAAGUGUUUGUCUUGGAGCCGGUUUCAACGCAGCUGAACUUCAACCUCCGGUCUGCUCCGGCCAAAUCCCAGAAGCAGGUGCUAGAGCAAUAUGAGCAGCUACGCACUUUGCAGGAAGAGGACCAUGGGUCGGGUGAUGAUCGGGGCAUGGACAAUGCCAGCGGUAAUGAUGAUGGCCCUGCUGACGACAGCAAUCCCUAUGACUACCGGCACUUCCUCCCCAAGGAGAAUGCGGACGAUGACAAGUCGGGCUCGGACAAGACACCAGAACCCCCCUCCUACACCAGCAAGCUCGAUACUCCGUUGAUGUCCGCUACCAGGUCCAUGCUUAGCCCUCAACCACCCCCGGAGAGCCGGACGAAGCCUGUGAACGCAAAGAAGAAGAAGCCAGACGGGGUCAAGCCUCCUAAACCGGCGGCUGCUCGGCCACGGCCCAGGUCUCCGCCACGUCCUGUGCAGCCAAGGGAGGAGCGGAAGGCAGAGGUCGAGGAGGAGCCUUUAGUGGAGACAUUUAAUUCCUCGCCGUCCGACACGGGCCUGGGUGCUGUCUCUUCUCAAAAGGCAGUUCCAUCACCGGGCUCAAAUAUCAUCAUCGACGGCGAUCUCAUCAUUGAUAUGGGCUCUCCGCCGCCUGCUCGUCCCUUCCGGGUCAAUCCCGCAUACUUCUCUUCGAACAACACCCCGGCGGAUGAAGAAGGGCACCGGGAUGAGGACGAGGACCAGGAGGAGGAUGAGGAUAUUGAGGACCUACGGCUCCCCUCUCCGGCUGGCCACGGAGGAGCGCCGGUGGCCUCGAGCGGCCUAAACCUGGAGCCCGGGUUGGAUGAGGAGGAGCUGGAGGUUGAUGAUGAUCCUCUCGCGGCGGAGAUGGAGGCGGCGUUUGAGGAGGAUGUACAGGAAGACGACCGGAGUCAGCCAAUUUCCACGCAAGCGGUGUCGCAGCAGUAUCAUAUGGCCAGUGAGGAUGAGAGCGAAGUCAGUGAGGAGGAAUAA